AUGAUUGGUCCGUGGUUGCAUCUGACUGGAAUACUGCUGCUGGCAGUAGGUUCCCAGCUCAGCGAAGCCAAAUCCGACGGCCCUCGAAUAGCUCUGACGAAGCUCGACAGCGAGCCGUCCCCUCCCUCUUACUUUGAGCAUUCCGACACCGUUCUCUUCUACGAUUCGCAGUCGAAAGUGGUGCAUCUCUCCUUUGACGGCGGUCUAGAAUGGGAUGUCGUCAAGGACGAAGCUGGGGAAAUGGCCGGCGCCGUUGGCGGGGUCGUUAUUCAUCCGUUCGACAAUAAAAAGGCAUACAUGUUGGGUCUGUACGGUAUUCACUGGGUGACUACUGACCAGGGCGUGACGUGGAACAGUUUCGAACUCCCCGUCUCGCCAACGUCGAUUGCCACUCCUCUGCGCUUUCAUGGCCAGGAUUCGCAAAAGGUCAUCAUCCACGGCGCGCAGUGCUCUCCGUUUCGCUGCAUUGAAAGCGCCUUUUACACGCUCGAUGAUUUCAACAGCAUCGCACCCUUGCGCGAGACCCCCGGCGGUUGUUUAUGGGCUGUCGGCACCCUCGAGUUUGCAGACUCUGCCCCGGAUGUUGCCCACGAACUCUCUGAUCGCGUCUUCUGUAUCGCCCGAGGACUGAAGGAUCCCUUUUCCCACGCCUUCCGACUUGUCAUGUCGGAUGACUUUUUUAGCAGGAACGAGGACGGGGUCGAAGCGAAGAUCAACAACGGGCGGCCAGUCACCGGUGUCGUCAAUAUAGCGUCUGAGAAGAAGUUCAUCGUGGCUGCAGCCAGGUCACAAGGCACGGAUGAACUUGCCAUGUUCGUCACCGCUGAUACAAAGACGUGGCACCGCGCAGAAUUUGGGGCCCACAAGCUCGAGGAGGACGCAUACACCGUGUUGGAAAGCACAAACUACAGCAUCCAAGUGGACGUCUUGAACACGAACGCCCGUGUUAACAUGGGUGUUCUCUUCACCUCCAACUCGAACGGUACAUAUUUCACCAAAAAUAUUGAACACACGAAUCGCGACGACCGGGGUUUCGUCGACUUCGAAAAAAUUGCCAACAUACAGGGCAUCGUGAUGGUUAACGUGGUCGACAACUGGGAUGAAGUGGAGAAACAGGGCGCAGAAAGACAUGUCGUCAGCAAAAUCAGUUUCGAUGAUGGACGCACCUUUGAGUCUUUGUCCGUCAAGGACGAAGAAUUACAUCUCCAUUCCUUUACUGAGCCUAGAAACAUCGGGCGUAUAUUUUCAAGUCCGGCACCCGGUAUCGUGAUGGGCGUUGGAAACACCGGCAAGUAUCUCAAGGAGUAUGUCAAAGACGGCAAUCUUUAUGUCUCGGACGACGCCGGCUUGACCUGGCGUCAGGGUCUUGAGAAGCCGCACAAAUACGAGUUUGGAAACCAGGGCGCCGUCAUCAUGGCAAUCAGGGACGAUGGAAAACCAACGAAGAAGGUCAAAUACUCUAUCAACCAUGGAAAAGAAUGGCAUUCUGCCGAAUUAGAACAUGAGAUCCUUCCGUUUUUGUUGACCACCACUCCGGACUCGACCAGCUUGAAGUUCCUACUCAUUGGUUACAAGGACCAGUCUUUGUGGUAUUCAUAUACUAUUGACUUUGAAGGUCUACACGAAAGGGAAUGCAAGGAAAGCGAUUAUGAGAAAUGGCCAGCCCGGUUGAACGAGAAGAAUGAACCCGAUUGUCUCAUGGGCCACAAGCAAUUCUAUCAUCGACGCAAGUCCGAUGCGGAUUGCUUUAUUACCAAACACAUGUUCGAAAAUCUCAAGCCCCAGUUUGAGCCUUGCAAGUGUACUGCAGAAGAUUUUGAGUGUGACUUUAAUUUUGCCCUUUCGGAGGAUGGCAAAGACUGCACUCCGACCGCGGGUCUCCAGGCGCCCGAAGGACAAUGCAAGACUAAAGAUGACACUUUCAAAGGCCCUUCGGGAUGGAGACUUAUCCCGGGAAAUGCCUGUCAACGCGAUGGAGGGGAAAAUCUGGACAAAGAAAUUGAACGCCCAUGCAAAAAUGCUACCACUGUGCCAUCAGGCAAUGCGAAGAACAUUACUUCGACGCUCACUCCCUUUGAGGUCAAGGACUUUGAUGCUUAUUAUUAUCUCGAGCGAGCCGGUACUAGUGAUGGGAAAGACGAAACCAUUGUCAUGCUUACCACGGAUGGCGUAGUCUGGGUUACACUUGAUCACGGCAAAACUUGGAAGCAUAUUCUCAAGGGCAUCCAAGAAAUUAUUCCUCACAGUUUUAUCAACGACUGCGCAUACUUCCUCACCGAUACUAAAGAUCAUUUUGUUACUGUCAAUCGUGCAACGACGAUCGAUAUGUUUGAAGCACCAGCGGAGAGAAACAAGGAGAAAGGCGCUACAUUGUCCUUCCAUCCGAAAAACAAAGACUGGGUAAUCUGGACUGGAAAUUCGUGUUCCCACAGCAGUGUCUGCACGACGAACUCGUAUUUAACAAAACGUCGCGGUAAUAGCUGGGAUACUCUCCUAAGAACGGUGGAGAAGUGUACUUUUAUGGCACGAGAAGAUCGGAAAGACAGCGAAGAACUCAUCUUCUGCGACCAACACGAAAACGAAGACCCAGAAGGCAAGCGCACGCUUGUCACGAGUUGGGAUUUAUUCGCCAAGUCCAAUGAUCCGCUCAAGGAGGGCAUUCUUAAUUUUGCAACAUCGGCCGAAUUCAUUGUGAUUGCGGCAGAUGACCCGGAGAACCCCGAUUCCUACAAAGCCGAAACAAGCAUUGAUGGCAAGAUCUUUGCAGAUGCUAAAUUCCCGCCUAAUAUCCCAGCUCAAUUGGCCUACACCGUACUGGAAAGCUGGAGUCACUCGGUGUUAUUGCAUGUGACGGCGAAUGACAAGCCCGAUCAGUCUUACGGAUCGUUGGUCAAGAGCAACAGCAACGGCACAUCUUACGUUUUAACUAGAAGCGGCGUCAACCGGAACAGCAGGGGUUACGUCGACUUUGAAAAGUUGCAGGGCUUGGAAGGUGUGAUGUUGGUUAAUGUGGUCGACAAUAUUGAAGAGGUGGAGAAAGGAUCAACGAAAAAGUUGAAGACCAUGAUCACUCAUAACGACGGGGCGCAGUGGGCAUUGUUAACUCCCCCGGCAAAGGACUCUGGCGGCAAGUCUUAUAGCUGCGGUUCGGAGUGCGCGCUCCACCUUCAUGGCUACACGGAGAAAGAUCCCCGCGCCACGUACGCAUCACCAUCUGCGGUUGGGUUCGCUUUUGGUGUUGGCAAUGUUGGCGAGUCGCUGUCAGAAAACAAGGACGACGCUAGCACCUUCUUUUCUAAAGACGGAGGCAUCAGCUGGAAGGAAAUCAGGAAAGGCAGACACCUGUGGGAGUAUGGUGAUCAGGGCUCCGUUUUGGUUCUCGUGGAAGAGCUGCAGCCGACAAGAGUUGUUUACUUCAGUAUGGACGAAGGAGAAAACUGGGAGCAAUAUAAAUUUUCCGACAAGGAGAUCAUCGUCGAGAGUCUGAGUACUGUACCAUCGGAUAAUUCCAAGAACUUUCUCCUCUGGGGCAAGCAGUCUGGGUCUAAGCAGCCGGUGACUGUCAACUUAGACUUUAGUGGCCUGCGUGACCGAUCUUGCCAUCUCGAUGAAGACUCGGGUGAUGAAGGGGACUUUUACUUGUGGGAGCCCAAGCACCCUUUUCAGGAGGAGAACUGUCUUUUUGGGCAUGUGGAACAAUAUCACCGUAAGAAGGCAGCAUCUCACUGCUGGAAUAACUGGGCCGAUCCGCAUGUGCACAGCAUUGCGCGCAACUGUAGUUGCACUCGCGAGGAUUUUGAGUGUGACUAUAAUUACGAACCCCAAAGCGAUGGAAGCUGUACCUUGGUCGAGGGUCUCCCCAAACCCAACGCAAUCCAGCACUGCAUAGAUAACCCCGAUGCGGUGGAAUACUGGGAACCCACCGGAUACCGCCGUAUCCCUCUAACGACAUGCGAAGGCGGCGUGAACUACGACCACCUGCAACCCAAGCCCUGUCCUGACCACGAAGAAGAUUUCGAGCGCAAGCACGGCGUCAGCGGCUUCGCCAUUUUCCUAGCAGUUGUUAUCCCCAUUGCCGCCGCCGGCGGAAUCGGAUACUGGGUGUACACCAAAUGGGACGGCAAAUUCGGCGCGAUCCGGCUGGGCGAAGGCGGAUCUGCCGCAUUCUUUUCUCGUGGUUCUGGCUUGAUUUCUAUCCCCGUUGCCAUCAUCGCCGGCACUGUCGCAGCAGUCAAGGUACUUCCAUUGCUCGCAAUGAGUCUGUGGCGCAGUGUCAGUGGCUAUGCUCACCUGCCUAGCCGUGGAGGGCCGCGGCCGUAUGCCACGCGCGGCGCCUUUGCUGCUCGUCGCGGUGAUUAUACCAAUGUUGUUGACGAUGAAGACGAGUUAUUGGGUAACGACGACUUUGAGGAUGAAGAAGAAGAGGCCUGA